UUACGAAGUAAGGUUAUGUCGUUUUAAAAAAAUUCAAAAAAAUAUCCACAUCAACAUUUAACUUGUAUUUGCGAAUGCCAGCAACAAGGCCACCAAACCAAAUCCAAGGGACAAUGGCAUCGGAUAAGUUUAUCGUUAAAAUCAACAAAAAUUAACAGACAACGUAGCACACAUUCCAAAGGCCACCACAAAAAAAUCCGUUUCAUGGAGAACGCAAGAUCAAAUUUGUUAAAUGAAGACGAAACGGACUGGAGAAAAGCGCUACGCUCUCAGCCAGCUUUUAGAAUAGUUAACAAGACGAUGAGGAACCAAACUCAAUUUAUCACUAUUAUAGGAUUGACUGGGUUGUGCGUUUUAAUAAUUUUGUAUUUGUAUCCGAAAAAAGGUGGUGGUGGCCUGAAAAGUACAUUCAGUGAUAGUUUUAGUGCGUCCGGAUAUAAUUAUACAUAUCCUUUGACUAGGCCAAUUAAAACUAGUUCAUUACAUACUUUUAAAAUAGGUAUCAUAGCUGAUUUAGAUACGAAAUCGAAAAGCCAAGAUGAAAAAACUACUUGGUACUCAUAUUUAAAAAGAGGGUUUCUUAGUUACAAUCCUACAACUCACAGUGUAGUGGUUACGUGGGACCGUUCGCAACCAGCCCAAUUGAAAAACAGUUACUCGUUGAAAGACAGGGGCAUGGAAUUGUCUGAAUUACUUGUGUACGAUGGUAGAUUGUUGACUUUUGAUGAUAGAACAGGAAUUGUAUUUGAGAUACUUAACGAGGAAAAAGUGGUGCCCUGGAUAUUGUUAGGUGACGGAAAUGGCAAAUCUGCAAAAGGUUUCAAAUCAGAAUGGGCAACAGUUAAAAACGAAAUCCUCUAUGUUGGCUCGAUGGGAAAAGAGUGGACCACAGACACCGGAGAUUUCCAAAGCAACGACCCCCAAUAUGUUAAAGCGGUCACCGCAAAAGGCCAAGUCAGCCAUUUGAACUGGAUAAAGGAAUACAACAGGUUGAGAGAAGCUUUGGGCAUUUAUUGGCCUGGAUACAUGAUCCACGAAAGUGGCGUUUGGUCAGAUGUACACAGAAAAUGGUUUUUUUUGCCUCGAAGGUGCAGCAAGGAUCAGUAUAAUGAUUCUGCUGAUGAAAGGAGAGGAUGUAACGUACUAUUAUCGGCUGAUAGCAAUAUGUAUGAUGUUAAUGUUGUAGAGCUAAACAAUAUAAACACAAGAGGCUUUUCCAGUUUCAAAUUCAUUCCAACAUCCAACGAUAAUGUAAUAGUGGCAUUGAAAACUGAAGAAUUAGAAGGAAAAACGGCCACUUAUAUUACAGCUUUCACAAUCAAAGGGGAAAUACUUUUAGAGGAUUCUUACGUCUCUGAUCUUAAAUAUGAAGGAAUUGAAUUUAUAUAGCAUCUCACUUUUUUUAAAUUUAUUUAUUCUACACUUACAUCAAUGAUGCUCAAAAAUUGCCAAAAAAACGGGUUUUUAAUUAUUAAGCGCAAAUAUUUCAAUGUAGAUAGUUUCUGUACAUAUCUUACUUAUUAAAAAUAAAACACGAAGAGAUUUUAAAUAAUAUUGUAGAUUAUUUAUCAGUAUUUGAACAUUUUUAUUUAUUAUUGAGAAAUUGAUAGUGCAAUUUUGAAUAACAAGAAACUGGCAUUUUAGCAAUGAAAAAUUAUGAAGGUUGUUGAAUGAAUGAUUAUUCCUGUAUGUCAUAAAUCUUAUUUGUUAAUAAAUUUAUAGUUUGAA